AUGCCUGAGAUGCCUGGCCGUCUCAUCCCCAACUUCGUUCGGGGCUCGGCCCACUCCUCGGUGGCCUCGACCCCCAUCCACUCCAAUGCCUCCUCGACAGCUUCGGUCAACGAGAUCCCGGGCCACCAUGGGGCUUCCAAAAAGUCCGUCGACCGCGCAAGGUCCCCGGAGCGUCGCCUGUCCUUCAACAUGGAUUCGCUGAUUCACCCGCACCGCAACCUCAGCAAGGACAAGGAGAAGCGCCGCAGCCUGGGCCGGGCGGCCCGCUCCAAGGAACGUUCCAGCAAGGAAAAUCUGGUCAUCCCAUCGGCCAAGCUGGAAGCGCUCGUGGAGUCCCCCCUCUCACCUGCUACGGGCCGCCGGCCAAUUCCACCGGAAAUCAAGCUCGACCAGUUCGAUAUGCGCCUCGUCUGCAAGACCAGUACCAAGAAGCCCGUCUCCAACAACUGCCCCAACUGCCUCACUCGCGUCGACGAGCUCACCCGCUGGAACUUCCUGACCGAGUCUCUGCUGCUCAAGACUGGCACUCAUGACUUCCCCUUCAGCUACCUGUUCCCGGGGCACCUCCCGGCCUCCUGCAAUGGAUCGUUGGGCCAGAUCGAGUACUUCCUCGAGGCGUCGGCCAAGAGCAACGUCGGCGAGGAAUUCUCGCUCCGGCUCCCACUGAACGUCCGCCGGGCUCUCCUCCCCGGCAGCGAUAAGUCGUCCAUCCGCAUCUUCCCACCCACCAACCUCACCGGCCGCAUUGUGCUUCCCUCCGUCGUUCACCCCAUCGGCAAAUUCCCCGUCGAGAUGACCUUGAGCGGGGUUGUGGACAAGAGUGAGGAAACCCAAACCCGCUGGCGUCUGCGCAAGAUGAUGUGGCGCAUCGAAGAGCACCAGAAGAUUGUGUCGACCGCCUGCCCGAAGCACGCCCACAAGAUCGGCGGCGAGGGCAAGGGGGUGUUGCACCAGGAGACCCGCAUCAUCGGCCACAACGAAGAGAAGACUGGGUGGAAGACCGACUUUGACACCGCCGGCGGCGAGAUCGGCAUGCAGUUCGACGCCAGCAUCAACCCGACCACCAACCCCGUGUGCGACAUGGACGCCCCCGGCGGACUGGAGGUGAAGCACAACCUCGUCAUCGAGCUCAUUGUCGCCGAGGAGUUCUGCCCGAACCGCAACACCCGUCUCAUCACCCCCACCGGCGCGGCUCGCGUGCUGCGCAUGCAGUUCAGCUUGCACGUCACCGAGCGCAGCGGCCUCGGCAUCAGCUGGGACGAGGAGAUGCCCCCGGUCUACGAGGAUGUUCCCGCCAGCCCGCCGGGCUACUUCAAGCUUGGCGGUGGAGACGGCGCCAGCACUAUCGAGGACUACCACGGCUCCCCAUUGCCUCUUCCCGACUACGUGGAGCUGGAGCGUAUGGAGUCGGUGCAUUUCGACAGCGACUCCACCCACUCCUCCAACUCCGGUAGUGGUAGUGGCCCUGUCCGCCGUUUCCCCGGUUUCACUGUCGAAGAUUUCAUCACUGGCGACUCUCCCGAGCCGUCUCCUCUACCAUCUACCGUGCCCUCUCGCGCACCAUCCAUCGACGGUGGGAGCACGGCAUAA